AGUAUCUGCCAACAUUACAACGCCGCCAGAACUGGGUCAAAGAAAGAAGAAAUCUCGACGUGGAUGACGUCAUUCUCAUCGUCGAUGACAUGCCUCGUAACAAAUGGUUGCUGGGCAGAGUGGUUGAAAUCUACCCCGGCAAGGAUAAGCUUGUGCGGUCAGCAAAGGUGAAAGUGGUCACAGGAGAAUUGACAAGACCGAUUUACAAGUUGUGCUUGUUGGAAUCCGUGGAAUUUUACUAUGCAAGGAAAGAUAUCAAACACAGCUAUAGAAAGAUGUGGUAUAUCACAACUUUUAUAAAAGGAAUGAUGAUUGAUGAUGCCAUUGUCCAGCUUGAACAUGUGAACAAGAAGGCAGCAAAGAUAGCAAGAGAGGCCCUUCUUGAAGCCCAAGAAGAAGCAGUGAAAAAUCACAAUGUUGAAUUCAAGUCCAAUCUACACAUAGCGCAAGCACUGGUGGGUAAGGGUAAAUACCAGCAUGCUAUUAGAUAUCAUGCAAAGGGUAGAGCCAGUAUGUUAGACUUGGUCUACUGUCAUCUCUUCAUCAAACUCAAGGAAGGAGCACCACCUGACAAGCCAAACUUUACUGGAUAUGAUAAAGCCCAGCAUUACAUUGAAUGUAAGAGGAACAGAACUAUCAUUUCAGGGCUGUGAAUUCUUAUAACCAAAUCCAGUUACACCAAAUAAUGCUAUAAAAAUAAUUACUGAAUUGAUGACUACACAGUCUAAAAUAAAGGGAAUCUUAAGAAUCUGAAUAUUGGCAUAUAUUACAUGUACAUGUGCCUGUUCUUGAAACUUUAGGUAGAACUUCUACAAGUGAAAUACAAUGUCACAUGUUACGAUUAAUCCAAGUAUUACAUGGAAAUAAAAGGUAACAAUUGUACUUUUAAAGGGACUGUCAUUGUAUGAUCAUAAAGAAUGGUUUCUAGUCUUUUUUUUCUUCAGCUUACAGAGAUUUCCUCUGCACAGAAAUAUUUAUUACAGGAGAGCCAAUGAGUCUGAAAGGAAUUUAUUACACACUGAGUGGUACAGUACCGAUCUUAUGUGAACCAUACAUGCUGAUACAAUUUUGACUAAUGUAAUUUGACCAAUACUCCCCCUAAGAAAGUUGUAUUCAAGUUUGUCAUGUACUUCCCCAAGAAAGAUGUAUGUAAUUUGACCACUACUUCCCCUGAGAAAGAUUCAAUUUGACUACUCCCCCAAGAAAUUUGUUCAUUACUCCUCCCACAAGAAAUAUAAACUCCUCAAAAAAUGUUUGGAAAUCUGAUUUUGAUUGAUAAUUCUUCCUCUGUUUCAGUGAAUAUUAAUGUCUAAUUGAUAUCAAUGAAUGGAUAAUUUAAUUCUGUUUAAAAUGAUACCCUACAUGAUAUGAUUAUGGUUGACAUGGAGGUGCAGUGCCUUGAAAUUUGGGGUAAAGUCAAAAUUCUAAAGUUGCAAAAUAACACAAUAUUGAAAGUCACUGUCUUUUUUUCUUUCUGUGGUGAUGAGCAAGUUUCUCAGCGUUUUCUUUUGUUUUUUCAUGCAUCAACAUUAACAUAAUCAAAUGCACCUCAGCACAAGCAAACACGUAAAAAACAAACAUGCAUGGGUAUUUCAAACCAUGUUAUCUCACAGAACCAUCAUAAACCACAACAAAACAUAUAAAAUGAAGUAGGGGCUUCAUUUUAAUGGAUUUUCAUCUUUAGAACAAAAGAAUCUUAAUCUGUAUUGACCCUUCAUGACCAUUUCUGCUCGUUUUGCAUCUUUUCAAUUCAGACGUCAUCCAAUACUUUUGAAUCCUGCUCUUUUGGUGAUGUCAUGAUCAUAACAAGCAUGGUAUCAUUUAAAGAGAAAUGAUCUUUUGAAUGACAUCACAUAUGCAUUGUGUAAAAUAAAAUUGGGAGUUGGGAGGUAUUAAUGGCCAAACUCAGAUUUCCAAACUUGUUAUGAGGGGUUUAUAUGUAAUCCGAGAAAUUCCCCCCAUUAUGCUCUCGAAGAAAGAUGUACAUAAUUUCACCAUUUGAACCUAAUUGAUAUUUAUAUGAUCGCCCCACGGGAUGUAUUAUGGUAUCACGCUUGGUGUCGGUACAUUAACUUUUCUUUGUAAA